AUGAAAUCAAAUAAAAAGUUUGAUGAUAAGAAAAGAAAAAAUGAAGCAGAUAAUAAUAAUAACAAGAAGUUUGUUUCGCCUUUGAGAGACAACAAAAAGGCGAAAUCAUCUAAUGAAAGUACAUCGACUGAAAUGGUCUUAAAGAAUUUACCUACUUCUAUUCUUAGUGUUAACAGCUUAUUACAAGUUUUAAUAUCUAGAAAAGGUCAAAGAUAUGAAUUGGAAACACCUGCAACCUUUGUAAAGUUUAAAAAUGAAGUUAAUACAUUAAAUAUUAUAGAUUCAAAGGUAUUAUUAUUCAAUAAUCUAUCGAAUAAAUCGAUUCAAGAUGAGAUAAGUUAUCAACAAUUCCUUAUCUCACUCAACAAUAUUAUUAUUGUAUACACUGACGGUGAGAAUCCAUUGGAACAACCUGAGGAGUUGAUGGUAGAUGUAACACCAUCAAAGAGUAUUCUAUUGAAAGCUGGUACUUCAGAUUAUACGACAUCCAAUGCUUUUGCAGAGUUUAUAGAUAAUGCGAUUCAGGCAGUCAGAAGCAAUCCAACUGGUGACAAGACAGUAAAGAUUAAUAUUAAGAAACCAGAUUCCAGAGAUUUAUCUUCUAUAUCAUUUUGGGAUAAUGGUUGUGGAAUGAGUAAAGAUGAUCUACAGAGAUGGGCGACAAUGGGUAUGUCACAAGCAGAUUUGGAACAAAAGUCACAAGACACCAUUACGAGUAGUGAUUCAGUUGGUUCAGACAAGACUGCAACCGGUAUGAUAUCGAGAUUUGGUGUUGGUGCAAAGAAAGCAGCUUUCUAUUUGGGUACUGAGAUUUUAGUGGUGACUAAACAAAAGUCCAACAAUUGGGUGAACGAAGCAACCAUUUCACUGGAUAUUCUCAGUGCGACAGGCGAUCAAGAGUGGAAAAUUCCAAUUAAAGUUCGUGAAUCAACCGCAGCGGAGCGUUCACAGCAAUUCACAGAGGUUACAAUCAAAAAUGUACCUAUCGUAAAGUUACUCUUGACACCGACUUCAACCUUUGAAGAUUCAAUCGUCUCACUGAAACGAGAACUAGCACACAUCUACUAUUACUAUAUACAUACGGAUCCUACCGAUCAGAGUCACUACCACUUUGAAGAGGAAGAGGACAGUGACGAAGAAGACAACACCUCACCAACUGAAAACGACAAGAAACCAAACGGAAAACCGCCAAAGAAAGGAGAGUACAAUCUAUUGUUGAAUGAUUUGGAUCUAGUCAAUAUUCCAGACUCUAUGGAGAGUCUGUACAUUCAGCAUGGCAAAAAGAUAAAGUGUUUCGAGUUGCUGGUCGACACUGGUGCCGGCGAGUUGGCAAAAGUAAAGUGUCAUCUAAGAUACUUCCCAUAUAUACAAGAGAAAGAAACUCUCCCAAUACCAUAUAGAGUAUUUUUGGAACAUCCCUGCGAGGAUUUCGAUCAACUACCACUUUCACUAAGGAAGCCUGGUUUCGAAGUGUUUUGGAAUGGUCGUUUGAUUCCCGAGGCACAUAUCGAACGACUUGGAUUCAUGGCAACUGGAGUUAGACUGGACGGCGAGAAAAUCGAGGAAAAGUAUGCACAACGUGUCAAGGGAGCACUCUUUUUAACAUCGGCAUUCCCAGUCAAUCAGAACAAAACACACAUCAUCAAGGAACAUCCUAUCUAUUUGAAUCUGGAAAAGUCUGGUUCGCGUAACAAUCAUAAUGAGUGGAAGAAGUGGAUUCUUCGAUGUCAUAAGUUGGACCAAGAUUUUCAGUUUGAAACAGAUGUCUACGAUGCAGUCAGUAAUCGUACCUAUUGCAAGUCGGUGUCAAUCAGUGGAUGUACAUAUUAUCGCGAGGACGGCAUUCAAUUGCUGACUCGUCCCGCUGUCCAUGGCACCAUCAAGCAAAUGUAUUUUUCUGGUAUGCCAGAGCUUAGAACGAGCAGCUUCUUCCUGACAAUCGAACGAUUGAACUAUAAGCCAUUGGAUCAGUUUGAAACGUUCCCAAUCAACAAGGUAAAAGGAAAGGUUGCACCUGCCGAGUUUGAGAAGCUUCGUGAACUGCAGAAACUAAGAAUGCCAUCGAGAAUCAAGAUUAUCGAAGCAGACAAAUCACCGAUUCCCAAGACAGAGUAUAUGACAGGCGACACAAUCACAUGGGUUUCUGUGGCGCUUCUCGAUAGUUCAAAGCCACCGAAAGAAGUGGAGAAGCGUAUCAUCGAUAUGGAGUCAAUCAAGAUCGACUUGAAAAUAGUUUAUCAGCCAACGAACGAGUUGGUUCUCAGCUCAUCAUCGUCUUCCUACUAUGAACCCGGAAGAGCAUCAUUUAGAUUGAGUUCGUUCCCGUUCAACAGAACCGGUGCCUAUGUUUUCACUUUUACAUGCAGCUAUCCAAAUGUCAAUCCAGCGACUCAUUACAUCAAGGUAUUGGCAGGCGAUCCCAAGAAAAUCUCUGCUGAAUAUCAGCUUGAAUCAGAUUCUCCAAGAAUUCAAUUGGAGAGCCCGUUGCCUCCCAUCAUUGUCAAAUCAUUAGACGAGCACUCCAAUGAGGUGCCUUUUUCAGACUUACCGGCUUUGGAGUAUACAGGUUCGAUAGUGGGAUCCAAAACAGCAGUUAAAUUUUCAAAGGAUUUCGAUGUCGAUAUUGUCGAUGGAAGGAUCAUGAUACAGAAUAUGAAGGUUAUUGGUGCGAAUCUAGGCGACGAUGGAGAGGCCAAUCUGGUCGUUUCACUCAAGUCCAAGGGAAUGUCUUGUAAGCUUGAUCCAAUUAGAUUGAUAUCUGGUCCACCAGUGUCAAUUUCAUUCGUAGAGGAUCCAUUUGGAGAGAAAGUGAUGAACCUAACGAGUGUGCCACCUUUCAGCUUGAUACUGAGAGACAAGAGUGGAAAUGUGUACAUUAACGAGUCGGCGCCAUCAGCUCCAGCAUCUCAAAAGCCACGAUCUAGAUCGAAAAAGAAUGCAAUAACAACACCCAGUGAAUAUAUUGUUGCAACCUCUACUGUGUUGGAAGAGAGCAUAGUGGUAACAAGCGAUGUACAAGGUUACUUUAAUUUCCAGGAUUCCAAGGCAUUGUUUAUCAAAGAAAAGAUUGACUUGCCAUUCGAGGAGACCGGUGCACCUCGUAGAAAGAGCACACCGACAGCUACAUCAACAGUACACGUUCAAUUUACAUUCUACAAGGAGAAAAAUGAGAUUUGUACAGUGGAGAAGCAAAUUAUAAUUACACCAUCGUCAAAGCCGGCCUUUCUCAAAUUGAUUCCACUGUCAGAGUCUUCAUUGUUUAGGUUGGAGGAGGACAGCUAUCGUGCAAUGUCUGGUAGUUCACUACAAUUCGGUAUCAAAGUCUAUGGUGCGGGUGGAGGAGGACGUGGACCGUAUGAGCUCUCAAAGCUAAAGGGCAAGAUUUCUACUAGCUGGCACCCAUCGUCUCAUCAGCUGGAGGUGGCCAUGAAUGGCGCCAACAUCUUUGAACUGCCCACUUUGAUUACCGACAAGAUAUCUCGUGCCAUGAUGCAUUGGGUUAGCAUCAAGACAGAUUGGGAUAUGGAUGAAAAGAAAGCAGAGAAAAUCGAUUUGAAGAAAGAGUUUUCAAUACAGACAACUGGUGGUGCACCCUCAACUUUCUUUUCACAGUUUGGAAAAGGCUUGCUUCCACAAAAGAUUCGUUGUGAUUCCGAGGUUUUAAUUGAUCUCAAGUUGAAUGACAAGCGAGGAAAUGUUGUUACACCAUCCGAAGCAAAGGCUGGAGUAGAGAUCGAACCGUACUUUGUAUUGAAAACCAGCAGCGAAGCACAGAACGCAGAGAUCAAGAGUUGUAUAAUCGAGCCGUUCAACACCGAGAAGAAUAUGUAUCCAUGUAGAAUCACCAUGAUUGGUUAUGGUGAACUGACACUGAUUGCCAAAGACAAACACAAUAAUGUAGCAGAGUUUCCGCUUAAAUUCACAAUGAUCGAGGGUACUGCUUCACAGGUGCGUGUCAAUGGACUGUCUAAACUCUCAGUUACAUGCUCACGUGGAGAUUACUUGGAGGAGAUCAAAGUCACUAUUUGCGAUACUCUUGGUAAUGUCAUUUCCAGCAAUGGUAUUGAAAUCGAAUACGAAUGGGUGAAUCUUCAGGGCAAUCCACCUCCACUUCAGAUCAAAUCGAAAACUCUGAUCAGGGCUGGUGUUGGAUCGAUCAAGAAUAUGGAUAUCACUGGUGUAGAGGGAACCUACGAGCUGAGAGUCAGCACAAAGAAUAUCAGUAUGCAAGAGGCAACCAUAUAUUUUAUUGUUAAAGGUUCUGCAACUAUACGUCUCCACAAUUCUGCACCGAUUGCAGUGAUCUCAAAUAGCAUUAUUCCGCCAAUUAAGAUAUCGCUUAUCAAUCCCGAUGGCCAAGCACUGGUUGUCCAAAAGUCAAAUGUUCGUUUAAUGCUUCACAUGAAGUCAUUUGUGUGUAGCUCAACGGAACUAGAUGGAUCGGUAUAUAUUUUCGAGGAUAUUCCAGGACCAAGAAAAUCUGGAGAGUAUCCACUCAAGUUUGUCUACUCUACAAGUGUCACCAACAAAGUGGAGUUUGAUUCUAGUUUGGUAGUUCUUCCGGAUAGACCAGUCAAGCUAUGUACAUCGUCGAUUAUUGCUCCUCAAACAUCAUCUGUUUUGGCAAAGGAUUUCGUAAUACACGCGGCCGACCAGAAUGAUAACAAAGUAUUGGUCAAUGGAAGUGUUUUUGCAUCGAUCGAGCUCUCCAAACAGCCACAGUCACAGUCCUCUUUCUUUACAAUGCCAGUGUUAAUCCAAACCGAUCCGGUACCAUUUAACAACGUAGGAGAUGCUAUUUUCCCUUUGCUGAGUCUGAGAGAAUCAGUUGGACUUUCACAGGCCUAUCGAAUUAGAUUCACCACCAACAUGAAGGAAAUCAAUUCACAUUCCAUCGAGUUUGUCUAUACCAACAGCAAGGAGGAUAUAGACAAGAAAGUUGAACUGGAAUCACAGCGUGUGUCUUUGAACAAAGAGAUCAACGAAGCUUCAUCACAAAUUGAUACGAUCAAGUCAACAUUGGCAAACUUUACUUCGAAAAAAGAACAACUAAGACUGCAAAUCGAAGAGUCAAAGAACAAUUUAUUAAGAUUCGACCCUUCGUUUGAUAAAUCAAAAGCCAAUCCUGAGGAGGUAAGAAAGACCAUUCAAGUUAUUUUGCAAGAGAUCGACGAUAUGAACUCCCAACCCAGAAGAGCAGCAUCAUUACCAUCCAAUCCAAUCUCAAGGGAGAUGUCUGAACUCGCGAGAUCCAGUACCGAAGAAACAGGAAUCAUUGGACUUGUUUUGGAUUUGUUUUGCAUCGAAUCAAAGGAAGAGGCCAGAGUAAUUUCCAAAAUGGCUGGAAGAAAGUUGGAAACAGUGGUUGUUUUAAACAAAGAUUAUUUGUCUCGUUACUAUACGCAAUUCCAACAUUCACGUAAUCCCGUCCACUUUAUGUCUUUGGAUUUGAUAUCGGCUUUUCAUGAUAGAAAUGAGCAGUCCUCGCAGUAUGACCAGCCUAGAUCAACCAAACUACCAUUGCAGCUAGUACCGAAUGCACCAACUCAAGGAUUCGUUGAUUUCCUUGUAAAUAGAAUACAGAUGAAAGAGAAGCACGAGAAAUUAAGAAGAUCACUUGGAUGGACAUUGUUCAAAGAUUGUAUUGUAUUCCAGUCGUUGAAAGAUGGUAUGGCUUACAGAGACUUUUGCAUGAAGAUGAAAAGGAAUUGUGGAACAAUCAUCGCAUUGAAUGAGCUCGAGUUGAUUGAGAGCAGUGGUAUGGUCAUGGUCGGAAAGAAGGAGACUGCCACUGACGAUCGUUUCCUGCUGGGCCAACUUCCCAUCAGCGAAAGCCCAGAUUUUGCAAGACUUCACCACAAGCGACAUCUUUGGGAAACUUUUAAGAGAGUCAAUCACGAGCAAUAUAAUUAUAUCAAAACCAAUUCACCAGGUGUACAGGACGACAUGAACAAAAAGGCAAAACUCGAAGAAAAGGUUGUGGAUCUCAAAAAUCAUUAUCAAAAUGUUUGUGAAGAAAUCAAAAAAAUCGAAUCGAAACUGAAUCAGCAAUAA